AGAGCUGCUGCAGCCAGACAAAUCGACAAUGAUCUCUAGACUCUUCUCCACAACUCGUCGCUCUUAGAUGUGCUAGACAAUCCUCACACGGCGACCACCACUCCUCGCACGCCCCCCGCCCCCGGCAUACUCAAACGCCCCCCCGCGGCACUGUUCGCUGAGCGCCAAGACGCGCCUCCGUCCCAGGCGUCCGUCUCUCCCCCCUCUCCGUUCGCUGCGCGCCCCCCGUCGACCCCGGAACAUUGUCACGACGACGACUACUACUACUACAUCAGUCUCCCUUCCUUUACACACAUCCCCACGCAUACACACACAUACACACACGACGCGCGCGCGCGCUCCGAGCUGGGCUCUCCCCCAAGCCGCACACUCGCGGCCACCGUUUCAGCCUCACCGCCAUCCCCUUUGUUCUUGAUCCCAUCGCACGACUCACUCAUUCUUCCCCGUCUGGCCGCGCCUUGAGCACCUACGCUCCUUUAUCAUUCCUUUGGCCGGCUAACCCAACGUCUAUCGGGCUGGCCGAGCAUCACGGCGUCUACGCGUCCCCCCCUGCACCUCCCGCCCCUCACCGUCGUCGUCUUCCUCCUGGCGUCUUGAGAUAGCCAUAGCUCGAGCGCCUCGCCAUGUCGACACCACGACCCGAUGAUGAAUCUGCCCGACCCCCAGUAGUCGGUCAGGCCGUCGAGGUCGAGGAGCAUCUUCGUGAGGGUGGUAUCGCGCGCCCAGCGAGCGCGGCGGGUAGCGUGGCGACAACAAUAGGGACCUUUGCAACAGCUCAUGCCGGGCCGUCAGAUCCGCCGUCCCGCGCGUCGACCGUCCUGGGCAACCAUCAGCACGAACACCCUGCGAGCGCUCGCACCUCUAUCGAUUUCUCACGACCCAGACCAGUAUCUAUUGUCACCGACGACGCAGCUGGCAGGAUACCUACCAGCUCGGGGCUCGCCUCUACCUCUUUCGUCGUCACCACUCCAACAGAGGCCACCCAUGACCUGUCACAGCGGGCAGUUGAUGUCCCCGUGGCGGAAAGGAUACCGCAAUCCUCUGAGCUGCCGCAAUCCGUUGAGCAACCGCAAUCCUCUGAACGCCACGCCCAAACCUCCUCCCCAUUUGCAUUCUCAUUCGGGUCAGCUGCUGCACAGCAACCAGAGCCACAGCAACCAGAGCAGCCGCAACAUCCUACAUUAUCAGAGAAGGAUGAUGCCCUGCCCUCGUCAAGUCCCCCUCCGUACUUCGCUCCAGCGACAAUUCAGUUCACCCCAGCAACACCGGCCAACCGUCCAGUGCCACUGGACAUUGAGCCAAUGCCACACCUCGAGACUCAGAUCUCCCAUGGAGAUUCGGCAGACCCGCACACGCCAAGUGUGCCCGACUUUAGUGCACCUCCAAAGGAAAGCAGCCCUCAGCCCGCGGCAGCGCCAGUACCCCGCCGUUCUGUUGCCUGGGAUCCGGCGACACAGUUUAGGCCUGAUACCCUCGAGUCCACCUUGUCUGCCGGCGACACCCCGACUCAGCAGUUCUUCUCCCAGGCAGCGUCGGAUGAGGGUCACGACGAUGAUAACGAGGACGACGAUGACAACGUCUUUGCAUUCCACAGGCCCACAACUGCCAAUCCCGCGCACGACGCCGACUCAGACAAGGUCGACUUCUCAUUACCACCGGGAAACCUUGUUUCUGAUCACCCAUUCGAGUUCGACACCGCCCACCCCCCGCCUUUGAGUGGGCGCGACAACCUGAACAAUGGGGUUUUCUGGGCCUCCAUUCGUCAACGUCGCGAAGCGUUUGGGUCGGACCAUGGAACGUCUACUGCCAUGCGCACGCUCACGACGCCGGUCAGGCGGCCAACGACCGCCAACCAUCGCACUCCACCUGCGACGGGCCGUACAGACGCGACAUCUGUCGUCACAAACGGCAGCGAUCUUGAUGACUUCGACACUGAUCACCAUUCUGGCCGUUUCCGUGCUCGGUCGUCAGUCGUCACCGACGAUCUUCGCCCGUCCACCCGCGGCAACAUGACCGAGCUCAGCGGCGACCAGACAGUUCCGGAUGGCAGGACGACCUGGGGCGAUGGUUUGGGUGGUGUCCUCAAGAGUGAAGAGGGCGACGACAUCGACUGGGACGAAGACAGCCCUUACGCAGAAGUGCGAGCCUCGGUCUCCAACAUUGACGACCCGCACAUGGCGACCUUGACCUUCCGCUCAAUCUUCAUCGGUAUCUUGCUCUCAUGUGUGACAGGUGCUAUCAACACCUUCUUCACCUUCCGUACUCCCUCACCAUCACUCCCCGCCAUCGUCGUCCAGGUUGCCGCUUAUCCCAUCGGCAAGUUUUUCGGUUGGGCGCUUCCUUUCCGCACUUGGAAGCUUCCACGUUGGCUCGGCGGCGGUGACUUCAGCUUCAACCCCUGCCCAUUCAACAUCAAGGAGCACACGAUCAUUGUCAUGAUGGCCAACGUCUCGAUCAUCCCCGCAUACGGUCUCCACAGUGUUGUGGCCGCCAACCAGUGGUACAAGCGAAACUUCACCUACGGCUUCACCAUCAUGUACAUCCUGUCCAGCCAGUUGACUGGAUUGUCGAUGGCUGGCAUCGUUCGACGAUUCGUUGUCUUCCCGGCCUCAAUGCUGUGGCCAGGCUGCCUGGUCACAACCACGACGCUCAACAUUCUUCACGCUGAGAGUGAUGGCGCUGUUGGAGCCAAGAUUACGCGUCUAAAGUUCUUCAUCUUGGUUUCGGUUGUUGCGUUCUUCUGGUACUUUGUCCCAGGGUUCCUCUUCACGGGGUUGUCAUACUUCUCCUGGCUCUGCUGGAUCAAACCGAACAACGCCACCGUGAACCAGCUCUUCGGCGUGACUACCGGCCUCGGCAUGGGCAUUCUCACCUUCGACUGGGCCCAGAUUGCGUGGGUGGGGAAUCCUCUGACUGCUCCAUGGUGGGCCCAGGUCAACAUUGCCCUGGGCUUCCUGCUGUUCUACUGGCUCCUCACACCGUUGCUCUACUACAACAAUGUGUGGUACACUGCGUACCUUCCCAUCUUGACCAUUGCACCUGGGGACCGUUACCAACAACCUUACGACAUUGGCAGGAUCCUGACGCCAGACUUCAAGCUCAACACGACUGCGUACGCCGAGUACUCGCCGGUCUACUUAACGGCCGCGUUCACCGUGACGUACAUGUUGGCCUUUGGUCUCACAACCUCGCUCAUCGUCUACACGGUUCUCUACCACGGCAAGCGAAUCUACUUGACCUCUCGGAACCGAAAGACCGAGCCGGACGACAUUCACAUGAAGUUGAUGCGCCGCUACCCCGAGGUUCCCGACUGGUGGUACAUUAUUGCAUUCCUUGGCUGCGUGGUUUUGGGCAUCGUAACAAUCGAAGUCUUCGCCACUGGACUUCCCGUAUGGGGCUAUGCCGUUGCGAUUGCGAUGGCGGCAGUCUACAUCGUCCCGAUCGGCAUUAUUUUCGCCAUGACGAACAUGGAGCCGACGUUCAACCUCAUCGCAGAGCUCAUCCCGGGUUACGCCUUCAAGGGCCAGCCCAUUCCUGGAAUGAUCUUCAAAACCUUUGCCGUCCAGACACUCGCUGAGGCCAUGUACUUUGCAAGAGACAUGAAGCUGGGACACUACAUGAAGAUCCCGCCACGGUCCAUGUUCAUCGCUCAGAUGACGGCGUGCAGUAUUGCCUCCUUUGCGCAGGUCGGCGUAAAGUGGUUGAUGUUCACCAACAUCCCCGAUAUCUGCACCCAGCACAACAAGUACCUCCUCACCUGCGCCAACUCGCAGACGACGUUCACGGCAUCAGUGAUCUGGGGUCUAAUCGGACCUAAUCGACUGUUCGACAAGGGUGGCAUUUAUCGGCCGCAGCUGUGGAUGAUGUUGGUUGGAGCGGUCCUGCCGAUCCCGCUUUGGCUUUGGUGUCGCAAGUACCCCCGCUCCAUCCUGAGAAACCUCAACAUCACCCUGGUCUUCAGCGUCUGCCUCGCCAUUCCACCGGCAACUGGAGUCAACGUCGCCAUGUUCCUGGUGCUUGGCUUUGUUUUCCAGUACUGGGUCCGACGCUACUACUUUGCGUGGUGGGCCAAGUACAACUAUGUCCUCGGCGCAGGCCUGGAUGUCGGGACGCUCACCUGCGCGGUCUUCAUCUUCCUUGUUUUGCGUUUACCUGGUGCAACCCUCAACUGGUGGGGCAACAACGUGUACAGGAGGAGUAAGUGCAGCCUCAUAAUCUUUGUGCUGACCAUAUCAGCCGGGGACUAUUAUGGAGCAGUAUCCAGAAUUUUGCCGCCGAACUCGACCUUUGGACCAGACACAUGGAACGUCUAACCAGGUGUAACGCGUAUUUUCUUUUCUUUUUUCUUUUUCAUCUUGAGCAGGUUAUUAGGGUGUGGGGGAGUGAGGGCAGUCGUGGUUGCGCAUAAUGGCAGAUUGUAAGGGUAGUAGGAUUUCAAUGUGUCAUGUUAUGUAGGUCCUUGGCGCUGUCA